AUGAACCCCGUCGAAGAAGCGCUCUGUAAAGAGCGAAACAAGAGAGUUUUAUCUAUUCAGAGUCAUGUCGUGCAUGGCUAUGCCGGAAACAAAGCCUCUGUUUUCCCACUUCAGUUAAAUGGUUUCGAGGUGGAUCCAAUCAACAGUGUACAAUUCAGCAACCAUGCCGGUAACGUCGAGUUCUUGAGUCUGCCUAAAAGUGUAUCAAAGUCGUAUUCAGGAUAUGAGUACGUGAAAGGACAACGACUAACAGCUGUUGAAUUGAAUGACUUGUACGAGGGUCUCAAGCUGAAUGCUCUCAAUGAGUAUUCAUAUGUUCUCACAGGAUACUGUGGAAAUGCAACCUUCCUGACCAAGAUUGCUGACAUUAUCAAGGAUCUCAAAAGCAAAGAUCCAGAAUUGUUCUACUUUUGUGAUCCUGUGAUGGGGGACAAUGGACAGUAUUACGUUCCGAAAGAGCUUUUGCCCAUCUACAAAGAUGUCAUUGUCCCGCUGGCCAAUGUACUGACACCGAACGCCUUUGAGCUAGGAGAACUAGUUGGAUUCAAAAUAGUCACUGAAAAGGACUGCAUCCGUGGUAUGAAUGUUAUCCAUGAUCUUGGAGUAAAAUACGUCGUUGUGACAAGUGGAGUGGAGGAGAGUGAAAAAGCUGACACGCUUGCCUGCUAUGCAAGCACAAAAGACGCCACCGGGAACGUACGUCGGUUUAGAUUCCGUUUCCCACGUUUGCGAGGGCAAUUCGUUGGAACUGGUGACGUUUUCACAUCACUGCUAGUCGUAUGGAUGUCAAAUUACCAGAAUGAUGUCUGUGAAGCUGUUGGACAUGUGUUAGGAUCCAUGCAGGGCUUAAUACGAAGGACCAGUAAGUAUGCACAAGGUCAGUGA